UCCAGUGAAAAUGGCUGCUUCCGAUGCGAAUUUCUUCUACAACAGCAUGCUGGCCAAGGCCUUGGUUCAGCUUAUUCCAGCGCAAGAAAAACCUCCAUUGAGGGCCUGGUUCGACAAACUCCUCACGCUCUCCAGCACACCGAAAGAGGUGGAAAUGAGAGACGAAUUCAUGUGGUUCAUGUUGAUGAUGCUGCAGUGCCAGAAGAUCCGCAAGCCCUUCAACAAGCCGCCUCCAGAGCAGUUGGAGCCCUUGAGGGAUUUGGUGGAUCCGAAAGUUUAUGAAGAGAUUCUGGUGGCCAAUAGAGGCAACACGACCUGGCUGGAUAAGGUCACUUUGGAACCAUCGCUGGCUGACGAAGGGCCGGAAAGCUUCAAGGCGGCCGCUCCUUCGAAAUUCUACGACAGUCAACCGUUUCCACAUGAAGGGGUUGUGUGCUACAUAGCGGCAUUCAGCGACCAAAGUUACCCGUAAAAGGCAGCAGAAAUGUGAGAAAAAAAUGUAGGAAUCGUUUAUUAAAAAUAAUUCUUAUCUACACCUAUCGAAGGGUUGUUUUCAACUUUUAAAAAUAAAUGAAAACAAUAAACAGCCCAAUAAAUGGUUUUACGUUUACUGGCUUCUUUGCUUGCUGAUUUGGUUAGUAAGCCUUUUUCAACUCUUCGACAGGAGUAGCUAGCUAGCUAUUCGAUUUUUU